AUGUAUCGACCGAUUACUAAUUGUUCAUACGAACUUUAUUACAACGAAAAAAGUUUGAUUUGUAGCAUAAUCGAAGAAAACAAGGAGCGUGUCCCUUCUGAUAAAUUAUUGUGUUGCAAUAAAGAGGAACGUAGUUGUUCUGCAUACUCAUCUGGUUGCUUCGUACCGAAUGAAAUUGUCCAAUGCCACAAUCUUACAACCUUUGACGCUUGCAAACGCAAUGAUAGUGUCGCACUUAAUGUUUGUGGCGGUUUGCAAGACAGUCUUUUCUGUUUAACAGCAGGUGGAUCGAAAGACGAUCCACAAUAUACCAAACUUUAUUUUCCUGAAGCAAUAGAAUGGAUAUUGAGUCGGAAUAAGCUCGAAGAAUCUAAUGAGGUUGCUGUUUGUUAUGAUCAAGUUCAGGGCUAUCAAUUAUGUAAUUCUACGGGAAAUCCUACGGCAAAUUUUACAUGCGGUGACGUAUUUCAAGAGGGAUGUAAUGAAUGUAAUUGGAAAAGCAUUAUAGGUAGCAACGUUAGAAGGUUCAUAAAAGGAGAAUUAUGUGAACCUAAAGCGGUAUCACAAGCUCAUACAAUAACUGGCUUAGGCACAAUUGUUGGAAUUCUAUCAUUCAUUUUGGUUACGAUUAUUGCUGUGGCGGUUUACAGGAAGUUUCAAACUCGUGGGGACAUACCACCAGUAGUAUUAGAACCAGAAAAUGUGAGAUCUUGA